AUGGCUUUCUCUGUGAUCAGGUCAAGAGGAACCCUAGUUAGGCCAUCUGAGCAGACACCAUCUGGAACACUUGAUCUGUCAGUUAUUGAUAGAUUGCCUGUCCUGAGAUGGAAUACUCGAACGUUGCAUGUUUUUGGACAUGGCCCUGAAGAGGCAGCAAAAAUUAUAAGACAAGGUUUGUCGAGGGCUUUGGUUCCUUACUACCCUCUUGCUGGGAGGCUGAAAGAGUCGAGCAGCCAAGGUGGUCGGCUCCAAAUCGAAUGCUGUGGAGAAGGCGUGUGGUUUGUCGAGGCUUCUGCUGAUUGUACUCUUGAUGCUGUCAAUUACUUGGACGAUGUUGUUUCCAUCCCAUCUGAUGACCUUCUGCCUGACCAUAUCCCUGAAAAUCAAGACAUAGACCCACUGGUGCAGAUGCAGGUGACACAAUUUGCAUGCGGUGGAAUCGUGAUUGGCCUCCUAUUCUGCCAUACCAUAUGUGAUGGCCUAGGAGCAGCACAAUUUCUAAACGCGGUCGGCGAGAUGGCUAAGGGGUCUGAGCAUCUGAGCACUAUACCAGUGUGGCAGAGGGACUUUUUCCCACCUCCACCGGAAGAAGCAAAGAUCAUUGCAGCGGUAAACCCGCCGCCGCCGCCGCCCCAGACACCCAACAACAGACUAGCGCAUGCCAUCGUAGAUAUAACUCUCGGUCAAAUCAACCAGCUCAAGCAAGAAUUUCAUCAAUCAACAGGACAGAAAUGCUCUGCUUUCGAAAUUGUGGCUGCCAACUUCUGGAGCUGCCGAACGCGAGCCAUAAACUGGAAGCAAAAUACACAACUCACGCUUGUCUUCUUCGCAAAUUGCCGGCAGCUCUUGGACCCUCCAUUGCCAAACGGUUUCUACGGCAACUGCUUCUUGCCAGUGACAAUCAGAGCCUGGAGUGAUUCCCUCGCCGGUGCAUCAAUCAGCGACGUUGUGGGUAUGAUCCAAGAAGCAAAGGCUACGCUUCCCACUGCGUUUGCCAAGUACAUCAAGGCAGUAAAGGGUGAGUCAGUGGAGGAGGAGGAGGACGGAGACGACCCAUUUGCACCGCCGAGGGCCUACUCCACUCUGGUCAUUUCGGAAUGGGGACGGCUGGGAUUCAACCAAGUGGACUACGGAUGGGGCCCACCGGUCCACAUCGUUCCAAUACGAGGGUCAAGCACGAUACCUGUGGGCAUAAUGGGAUCCUUGCCUUCGCCCAACAAAGGAGUGCGGUUGAUGACAUGGUGCGUGGAGGAGCCCCAUCGCCAACAUUUCCUCGAUCAAAUGAUGGCUGCAGGCUGCAGUAAGUGA